GAUUAUAAGUUCUUAAAGUAUUGAUAGUUGGACUUAGGUAAUGCAUUUAGGACUCAAAUUAAAUCUCAUCCAUCAUGUUUUAUCCACCAACUCAUUGUUUGUUUAGAAGAAAAAAAAGGUGUCAAGUUUAUAGGUUCCCUGAACCCAUGAAUCCGAAAAACCCACCAAUUAAAAUGAAAUUUUAACAAGCCUCUUAAUUCAUGAUGAAAAUCAACUCAAUUUAAUGGUCAAUAAAACAACCUGUAUGGGGUAAGCCUAGCAUUCCUAAACACAGUCUUGUUGUUUGGUUGAUUGUUCUUGACAGGAUCACUACCAAAGACAAACUGGCUAUGUGGGGGAUUGGCACGGAUACAGCUUGUUUAAUGUGUCCAGGAGGCAAUGAAUCAAGGGACCAUCUGUUUGCGAUGUGUUCCUUUAGUAGAUAUGUGUUUGCAACUGUUAUGAGGAAGAUUUGCUUAUUUCCUGAAGCUCUAACCUGGCAGGAUCAACUUCAAUGGGUCAUUCGAGCAUGGUCAGGUAGUUCUGAUAAAGCCAAGGCUGGUCGUUUAUUAUGGAGGUUGUCGCUGAAUUACAUUUGGAGGGAAAUGAAUAUUAGACAGUACGGAUCCAAGCAUGUUUGCUCCCCAGUUCAGAUUGUGAAGAAGAUAAAGGAUGAGCGUAUUUUGAUAGCCCAGAACAACCAGUCGAUGCUGAGUAUAGGGCAAAAGUUUAUAGAAUAGAGUUUCAUAUUGUAAUUAGUUAAAAAGGUAAGAUCUAUACUCAGAUGUACCCAAAGAAAAGAGGUUGCAGUUUGCACCUCUAGUGCUUAAUGUCAUUUUGAGUAACCAUAAAAAAAACCUUGUCAUAUCGUAUUUUGUAUAGUGUUCGUGAAAUCAUACCAAGAAUUUGAUCAGAAAAACAUCGUAUCGCAGUUUAAACUUUGAAUAUUUUUUAGUUAUAUAAUAUGUUAAAUCAUCGUUAAAUCACGAUCUUAAUAUAAAAUAUCUUACCACUAACACUACAAGAAAAGCAAGUAAUUGCGACGGUCACCUACCGACAGUCUCCUCCGACCGUCUGUAUCUAACAAUUGUUGACGGACAAGCGGACGGAAGAUAUGAGCGUCGUAAUGUAAUUAAAGGUGGGCUGCUAGCUGCAGGUAACAACAAAGGCCCACAACUCAUUUCAUUUUUCUUUUUCUUUUAUUUUUUAAAUAAAAGAAUAAAUUAAUCAUUUUUUUUCAAUUGAUUUAAUUCAACUCUCACUGAUAUCGUGAGGCAGAGGAGAAAACUCUAGGGAGAAAGAGAUAGAAGGGAAGAGAGAGAGAGAGCACGAAGUGAAGGGUGAAAGCUUGCUCCAAUUUUGUUUCCUCCGCCGCGUAUAUUCCUCAUCGAUUGAAACCCUAGAUUGAACAGCUUCAGUGCCAAUGACAACAGAGAGUCUCGCGGCCGCUCGGAUUUGUCAGCAUCGACGCAUAGAGGAGAGAUGAAUUUCUCAUACGUCUUGUUGAAUUUCGACGCGCUGUAGAUGGGAUGGACGAUGGGUCUCUCAGAAUUGAAUUGUCAUCGGGCAUCAUCUUCACUCUCAGUCAUGGAAGAUCUGAGCCACAACCGCUAUCAUCUAAGAUCUGAAUCGAGGUAUGAGUUCUGGAGGCGAGGCGUUCGAUUGAGUUGAUGCUCUCAAUUGGGGCUUUUUUCUCAAACCCUAAGUUUUAUAUUCUCAAUUGUGUUUCCGCUCUUGCUUCCUCCAUUAAACGAUUCGUAUGUUUGUUUGGUUUGACUAAUGCAUGUUGAGUGUAGAACUCAUAAGUUAGCGUGCUGGAGAUUGUUUUGGUAGUUGAGAAGUUACAUGAAAAUCGAAACCUAAAACUCAAAAUAUAACUUUACUCUGCAAGUCGUAUGAUUGAAAUUUUGGAAAGUGGCCCUGUUUUUCGCUUCUUAAACGCAGUAUUUCGAGCUAGUACAACAGUGAGGCCAUGAGGGAAGAACUAGAAGACAAGAGGAAAGGUCGGUAAUGAGGGGAAAAUGAUAAAACUAUGCAUGGUAGAUACACUCAGAGAAAUGUGUGAAUAUGGAGAACCAUUACUAGAAUUUUGGUGAAUCUGAACCUAUCCUGAGGUCCAAUUUAGGAAACAAAAAUCAUCAUGCAGUGUUUUGUGAGCUUCCUGUUGAGGUUGUAAGUGAAAUUUAUUUCAAAGGAAACUAUUUUGUUUUUUGGAAUUUCACACUGCUAGUCAAGUAUUGGGUUUUCUAACUCACAUAUACUACUACUUUCCAGGUUUCUUAUCCUGUCCAGAUGUAUGCCAUAGUGAGUAUGAAGUGAAUUGUGAUCAAGAGGAAGGAAAAUGUAUUCUGCUAAUCCUGGUAUCGCUUGACAAACUAAAAGGUUGUCUGAGUUUCAAAUGCAUGCUCAACUAGUCAUCUCUCUUUCCUUUGAUGCUUUUUGUUCAUGUGUUUACUUCUGUUCAUAGUGGAGUCCUUUAACCUCAUAAGUUGCGAUUUAAUGGACCAAUAUGCAAUGUAGUGUGAUUUUUAUGACAUGCUGAUACCCUUUUCUAGUUGGGCCAUAAAUCACACAAUACACUAGUUAAUUUAGUGAUACGAUUAUAGCAGAUCUAGGUUGUUUCUUUCUCGACCUCCACGUUGUUUCUCUGGCCUUCAAUUGAAUAACCUUCAGCCUCGGGACCAGCAGCAACUGCGACGGUCUGAAAUUCAUGAAUAACUUAGUGAGUAUGUUAGUGAAACUCACCUUCUUACUCAUGUGGCUGUUGUUGCUUCUGAUUAUGUUUACUAUGUCCACAAUGUAGGGUCUUUGAAAGUUCCCUUCGUCUUCCUUACUAAGGGUGAGACAUCUAAGCCACUUCGAUUUUCAACCCACUCAUUUACUUAACACUGUAUGUGAAGGCCACGCUAAUCAAAUGAAUGGAAAUAAUACAUGUGCAUCAAUAUUUUCCUGUUUUGAAGCAUUAGUUAACUCUCUCUGUAUGAUUCUUCAUGAGUUAGGAGGUGGUCUUCCUGAACAUAGACAAACUUCGGAGUUAAGUGGGAUUCUGGGGAUUAAGAUCUUACCUUCUCAGGUAUUGCUUUAACUCGCUCAAUUUUGUUGUUUUGCUGUAUGGCUCUACUGUUUGACUGAUGGGAAGCUGGGCAUAGUCUCUUGUUUCAGGUUUUAUAAGGUCACUCUCCUUUUAGAAAUCUGCUGAAGGAGUAUACACAUAGUUUGAGAAUCCUCUUCUGCAUAUGCCUCGAACAGGAUUUUCAUUAUUAAUUAACUUGCCUUGCAGAUAUGAGCAUUAACUCAUUGUUGCUACCGGAUGUUUCAGAGUCCGUCACUAAGUAGUUUAUUUUUUUUUAUUAUGGAAUUAGCUUCAGCUCUUCUCAGGUUGGAACUUGGCUCCUAGGCAUGAACUGAAGUUUGGCAGCUUUUUAGACCGUGAACAGGUGACCGUUUACUAUAUUAUUUUCUCAUUUCACAGCUUAUAUUGGUGAUAAUGGAGUCUUGGAUUGAUGUUAAGUAGCCAUAGAAGUACUUUCCUGGAGGACAAAUGGAAAGGUUAGCAUGAAGAGAUGUGAUUCACUGAGUGUGAAGAGUGUGAGAAUACAAUGUUCAACAGUAU